AUGACUUUGAUGGUUUUUAUCGUAGACAUCACAGACACAGAACCUCAGCACAGACACAGAACCUCAGCACAGACACAGAACCUCACACAGACACAGAACCUCAGCACAGACACAGAACCUCACACAGACACAGAACCUCACACAGACACAGAACCUCACACAGACACAGAACCUCACACAGACACAGAACCUCACACAGACACAGAACCUCAGCACAGACACAGAACCUCAGCACAGACACAGAACCUCAGCACAGACACAGAACCUCAGCACAGACACAGAACCUCACACAGACACAGAACCUCACACAGACACAGAACCUCAGCACAGACACAGAACCUCACACAGACACAGAACCUCACACAGAACCUCACACAGACAGACCUCACACAGACACAGAACCUCACACAGACACAGAACCUCAGCACAGACACAGAACCUCACACAGACACAGAACCUCAGCACAGACACAGAACCUCACACAGACACAGAACCUCACACAGACACAGAACCUCACACAGACACAGAACCUCACACAGACACAGAACCUCACACAGACACAGAACCUCACACAGACACAGAACCUCACACAGACACAGAACCUCAGCACAGACACAGAACCUCACACAGACACAGAACCUCACACAGACACAGAACCUCAGCACAGACACAGAACCUCACACAGACACAGAACCUCACACAGACACAGAACCUCAGCACAGACACAGAACCUCACACAGACACACACACAGAACCUCAGCACAGACACAGAACCUCACACAGAACACACAGAACCUCACACAGACACAGAACCUCACACAGACACAGAACCUCAGCACAGACACAGAACCUCACACAGACACAGAACACAGACACAGACCUCACACAGACACAGAACCUCACACAGACACAGAACCUCACACAGACACAGAACCUCACACAGACACAGAACCUCACACAGACACAGAACCUCACACAGACACAGAACCUCACACAGACACAGAACCUCACACAGACACAGAACCUCAGAACCUCACACAGACACAGAACCUCACACAGACACAGAACCUCACACAGACACAGAACCUCACACAGACACAGAACCUCACACAGACGACACAAGAACCUCACACACAGACACAGAACCUCACACAGACACAGAACCUCACACAGACACAGAACCUCACACAGACACAGAACCUCACACAACACAGACACAGAACCUCACACAGACACAGAACCUCACACAGACACAGAACCUCACACAGACACAGAACCUCACACAGACACAGAACCUCACACAGACACAGAACCUCAGCACAGACACAGAACCUCACAGACACAGAACCUCACACAGACACAGAACCUCACACAGAACCUCACACAGACACAGAACCUCACACAGACACAGACCUCACACAGACACCUCACACAGACACAGAACCUCACACAGACAAAACACACAGACACAGAACCUCACACAGACACAGAACCUCACACAGACACAGAACCUCACACAGACACAGAACCUCACACAGACACAGAACCUCACACAGACACAGAACCUCACACAGACACAGAACCUCACACAGACACAGAACCUCACACAGACACAGAACCUCACACAGACACAGAACCCAGACACAGAACCUCACACAGACACAGAACCUCACACAGACACAGAACCACACACAGACACAGACACCUCACACAGACACAGAACAGACUCACACAGACACAGAACCUCACACAGACACAGAACCUCACACAGACACAGACCUCACACAGACACAGAACCUCACACAGACACAGAACCUCACACAGACACAGAACCUCACACAGACACAGAACCUCAGCACAGACACAGAACCUCACACAGACACAGAACCUCACACAGACACAGAACCUCACACAGACACAGAACCUCACACAGACACAGAACCUCACACAGACACAGAACCUCACACAGACACAGAACCUCACACAGACACAGAACCUCACACAGACACAGAACCUCACACAGACACAGAACCUCACACAGACACAGAACCUCACACAGACACAGAACCUCACACAGACACAGAACCUCACACAGACACAGAACCUCACACAGACACAGAACCUCACACAGACACAGAACCUCACACAGACACAGAACCUCACACAGACACAGAACCUCACACAGACACAGAACCUCACACAGACACAGAACCUCACACAGACACAGAACCUCACACAGACACAGAACCUCACACAGACACAGAACCUCACACACACAGAACACAGACACCUCAGAACCUCACACAGACACAGAACCUCACACAGACACAGAACCUCACACAGACACAGAACCUCACACAGACACAGAACCUCACACAGACACAGAACCUCACACAGACACAGAACCUCACACAGACACAGAACCUCACACAGACACAGAACCUCACACAGACACAGAACCUCACACAGACACAGAACCUCACACAGACACAGAACCUCACACAGACACAGAACCUCACACAGACACAGAACCUCACACAGACACAGAACCUCACACAGACACAGAACCUCACACAGACACAGAACCUCACACAGACACAGAACCUCACACAGACACAGAACCUCACACAGACACAGAACCUCACACAGACACAGAACCUCACACAGACACAGAACCUCACACAGACACAGAACCUCACACAGACACAGAACCUCACACAGACACAGAACCUCACACAGACACAGAACCUCACACAGACACAGAACCUCACACAGACACAGAACCUCACACAGACACAGAACCUCACACAGACACAGAACCUCACACAGACACAGAACCUCACACAGACACAGAACCUCACACAGACACAGAACCUCACACAGACACAGAACCUCACACAGACACAGAACCUCACACAGACACAGAACCUCACACAGACACAGAACCUCACACAGACACAGAACCUCACACAGACACAGAACCUCACACAGACACAGAACCUCACACAGACACAGAACCUCACACAGACACAGAACCUCACACAGACACAGAACCUCACACAGACACAGAACCUCACACAGACACAGAACCUCACACAGACACAGAACCUCACACAGACACAGAACCUCACACAGACACAGAACCUCACACAGACACAGAACCUCACACAGACACAGAACCUCACACAGACACAGAACUCACACAGACACAGAACCUCACACAGAACAGAACAGACACAGAACCUCACACAGACACAGAACCUCACACAGACACAGAACCUCACACAGACACAGAACCUCAGCACAGACACAGAACCUCACACAGACACAGAACCUCACACAGACACAGAACCUCACACAGACACAGAACCUCACACAGACACAGAACCUCACACAGACACAGAACCUCACACAGACACAGAACCUCACAGACACAGACCUCACACAGACACAGAACCUCACACAGACACAGAACCUCACACAGACACAGAACCUCACACAGACACAGAACCUCACACAGACACAGAACCUCACACAGACACAGAACCUCACACAGACACAGAACCUCACACAGACACAGAACCUCACACAGACACAGAACCUCACACAGACACAGAACCUCACACAGACACAGAACCUCACACAGACACAGAACCUCACACAGACACAGAACCUCACACAGACACAGAACCUCACACAGACACAGAACCUCACACAGACACAGAACCUCACACAGACACAGAACCUCACACAGACACAGAACCUCACACAGACACAGAACCUCACACAGACACAGAACCUCACACAGACACAGAACCUCACACAGACACAGAACCUCACACAACAAGAACCUCACACAGACACAGACCUCACACAGACACAGAACCUCACACAGACACAGAACCUCACACAGACACAGAACCUCACACAGACACAGAACCUCACACAGACACAGAACCUCACACAGACACAGAACCUCACACAGACACAGAACCUCACACAGACACAGAACCUCACACAGACACAGAACCUCACACAGACACAGAACCUCACACAGACACAGAACCUCACACAGACACAGAACCUCACACAGACACAGAACCUCACACAGACACAGAACCUCACACAGACACAGAACCUCACACAGACACAGAACCUCACACAGACACAGAACCUCACACAGACACAGAACCUCACACAGACACAGAACCUCACACAGACACAGAACCUCACACAGACACAGAACCUCAGCACAGACACAGAACCUCACACAGACACAGAACCUCACACAGACACAGAACCUCAGCACAGACACAGAACCUCACACACAGACACAGAACCUCACACAGACACAGAACCUCACACAGACACAGAACCUCACACAGACACAGAACCUCACACAGACACAGAACCUCACACAGACACAGAACCUCACACAGACACAGAACCUCACACAGACACAGAACCUCACACAGACACAGAACCUCACACAGACACAGAACCUCACACAGACACAGAACCUCACACAGACACAGAACCUCACACAGACACAGAACCUCACACAGACACAGAACCUCACACACAGACACAGAACCUCACACAGACACAGAACCUCACACAGACACAGAACCUCACACAGACACAGAACCUCAGCACAGACACAGAACCUCACACAGACACAGAACCUCACACAGACACAGAACCUCACACAGACACAGAACCUCACACAGACAGACCCCCAGACAGAACCUCACACAGACACAGAACCUCACACAGACACAGAACCUCACACAGACACAGAACCUCACACAGACACAGAACCUCAGCACAGACACAGAACCUCACACAGACACAGAACCUCAGCACAGACACAGAACCUCACACAGACACAGAACCUCACACAGACACAGAACCUCACACAGACACAGAACCUCACACAGACACAGAACCUCACACAGACACAGAACCUCACACAGACACAGAACCUCACACAGACACAGAACCUCACACAGACACAGAACCUCACACAGACACAGAACCUCACACAGACACAGAACCUCACACAGACACAGAACCUCACACAGACACAGAACCUCACACAGACACAGAACCUCACACAGACACAGAACCUCACACAGACACAGAACUCACACAGACACAGAACCUCACACAGACACAGAACCUCACACAGACACAGAACCUCACACAGACACAGAACCUCACACAGACACAGAACCUCACACAGACACAGAACCUCACACAGACACAGAACCUCACACAGACACAGAACCUCACACAGACACAGAACCUCACACAGACACAGAACCUCCACCACAGAACCUCACACAGACACAGAACCUCAGCACAGACACAGAACCUCACACAGACACAGAACCUCACACAGACACAGAACCUCACACAGACACAGAACCCUCACACAGACACAGAACCUCACACAGACACAGAACCUCACACAGACACAGAACCUCACACAGACACAGAACCUCACACAGACACAGAACCUCACACAGACACAGAACCUCACACAGACACAGAACCUCACACAGACACAGAACCUCACACAGACACAGAACCUCACACAGACACAGAACCUCACACAGACACAGAACCUCACACAGACACAGAACCUCACACAGACACAGAACCUCACACAGACACAGAACCUCACACAGACACAGAACCUCACACAGACACAGAACCUCACACAGACACAGAACCUCACACAGACACAGAACCUCACACAGACACAGAACCUCACACAGACACAGAACCUCACACAGACACAGAACCUCACACAGACACAGAACCUCACACAGACACAGAACCUCACACAGACACAGAACCUCAGCACAGACACAGAACCUCACACAGACACAGAACCUCACACAGACACAGAACCUCACACAGACACAGAACCUCACACAGACACAGAACCUCACACAGACACAGAACCUCACACAGACACAGAACCUCACACAGACACAGAACCUCACACAGACACAGAACCUCAGCACAGACACAGAACCUCAGCACAGACACAGAACCUCACACAGACACAGAACCUCACACAGACACAGAACCUCACACAGACACAGAACCUCACACAGACACAGAACCUCACACAGACACAGAACCUCACACAGACACAGAACCUCACACAGACACAGAACCUCACACAGACACAGAACCUCACACAGACACAGAACCUCACACAGACACAGAACCUCACACAGACACAGAACCUCACACAGACACAGAACCUCACACAGACACAGAACCUCACACAGACACAGAACCUCACACAGACACAGAACCUCACACAGACACAGAACCUCACACAGACACAGAACCUCACACAGACACAGAACCUCACACAGACACAGAACCUCACACAGACACAGAACCUCACACAGACACAGAACCUCACACAGACACAGAACCUCACACAGACACAGAACCUCACACAGACACAGAACCUCACACAGACACAGAACCUCACACAGACACAGAACCUCACACAGACACAGAACCUCACACAGACACAGAACCUCACACAGACACAGAACCUCACACAGACACAGAACCUCACACAGACACAGAACCUCACACAGACACAGAACCCACACAGACACAGAACCUCAGCACAGACACAGAACCUCACACAGACACAGAACCUCACACAGACACAGAACCUCACACAGACACAGAACCUCAGCACAGACACAGAACCUCACACACAGACACAGAACCUCACACAGACACAGAACCUCACACAGACACAGACCACAGACACAGAACCUCACACAGACACAGAACCUCAGCACAGACACAGAACCUCACACAGACACAGAACCUCAGCACAGACACAGAACCUCACACAGACACAGAACCUCACACAGACACAGAACCUCAGCACAGACACAGAACCUCACACAGACACAGAACCUCACACAGACACAGAACCUCACACAGACACAGAACCUCACACAGACACAGAACCUCACACAGACACAGAACCUCACACAGACACAGAACCUCAGACACAGAACCUCAGCACAGACACAGAACCUCACACAGACACAGAACCUCACACAGACACAGAACCUCACACAGACACAGAACCUCACACAGACACAGAACCUCAGCACAGACACAGAACCUCACACAGACACAGAACCUCACACAGACACAGACACACAGAACAGAACCUCACACAGACACAGAACCUCACACAGACACAGAACCUCACACACAGACACAGAACCUCACACAGACACAGAACCUCAGCACAGACCACAGGAACCUCACACAGACACAGAACCUCACACAGACACAGAACCUCACACAGACACAAACCUCACACAGACACAGAACCUCACACAGACACAGAACCUCACACAGACACAGAACCUCACACAGACACAGAACCUCACACAGACACAGAACCUCACACAGACACAGAACCUCACACAGACACAGAACCUCACACAGACACAGAACCUCACACAGACACAGAACCUCACACAGACACAGAACCUCACACAGACACAGAACCUCACACAGACACAGAACCUCACACAGACACAGAACCUCACACAGACACAGAACCUCACACAGACACAGAACCUCAGCACAGACACAGAACCUCACACAGACACAGAACCUCACACAGACACAGAACCUCACACAGACACAGAACCUCACACAGACACAGAACCUCACACAGACACAGAACCUCACACAGACACAGAACCUCACACAGACACAGAACCUCACACAGACACAGAACCUCACACAGACACAGAACCUCACACAGACACAGAACCUCACACAGACACAGAACCUCACACAGACACAGAACCUCACAACACAACACAGACACAGAACCUCACACAGACACAGAACCUCACACAGACACAGAACCUCACACAGACACAGAACCUCACACAGACACAGAACCUCACACAGACACAGAACCUCACACAGACACAGAACCUCACACAGACACAGAACCUCACACAGACACAGAACCUCACACAGACACAGAACCUCACACAGACACAGAACCUCACACAGACACAGAACCUCACACAGACACAGAACCUCACACAGACACAGAACCUCACACAGACACAGAACCUCACACAGACACAGAACCUCACACAGACACAGAACCUCACACAGACACAGAACCUCACACAGACACAGAACCUCACACAGACACAGAACCUCACACAGACACAGAACCUCACACAGACACAGAACCUCACACAGACACAGAACCUCAGCACAGACACAGAACCUCACACACACAGAACCUCACACAGAACCUCACACAGACACAGAACCUCACACAGACACAGAACCUCACACAGACACAGAACCUCACACAGACACAGAACCUCACACAGACACAGAACCUCACACAGACACAGAACCUCACACAGACACAGAACCUCACACAGACACAGAACCUCACACAGACACAGAACCUCACACAGACACAGAACCUCACACAGACACAGAACCUCACACAGACACAGAACCUCACACAGACACAGAACCUCACACAGACACAGAACCUCACACAGACACAGAACCUCACACAGACACAGAACCUCACAACACAGACCUCAGACAGACACAGAACCUCACACAGACACAGAACCUCACACAGACACAGAACCUCACACAGACACAGAACCUCACACAGACACAGAACCUCACACAGACACAGAACCUCACACAGACACAGAACCUCACACAGACACAGAACCUCACACAGACACAGAACCUCACACAGACACAGAACCUCACACAGACACAGAACCUCACACAGACACAGAACCUCACACAGACACAGAACCUCACACAGACACAGAACCUCACACAGACACAGAACCUCACACAGACACAGAACCUCACACAGACACAGAACCUCACACAGACACAGAACCUCACACAGACACAGAACCUCACACAGACACAGAACCUCACACAGACACAGAACCUCACACAGACACAGAACCUCACACAGACACAGAACCUCACACAGACACAGAACCUCACACAGACACAGAACCUCACACAGACACAGAACCUCACACAGACACAGAACCUCACACAGACACAGAACCUCACACAGACACAGAACCUCACACAGACACAGAACCUCACACAGACACAGAACCUCACACAGACACAGAACCUCACACAGACACAGAACCUCACACAGACACAGAACCUCACACAGACACAGAACCUCACACAGACACAGAACCUCACACAGACACAGAACCUCACACAGACACAGAACCUCACACAGACACAGAACCUCACACAGACACAGAACCUCACACAGACACAGAACCUCACACAGACACAGAACCUCACACAGACACAGAACCUCACACAGACACAGAACCUCACACAGACACAGAACCUCACACAGACACAGAACCUCACACAGACACAGAACCUCACACAGACACAGAACCUCACACAGACACAGAACCUCACACAGACACAGAACCUCACACAGACACAGAACCUCAGCACAGACACAGAACCUCACACAGACACAGAACCUCACACAGACACAGAACCUCACACAGACACAGAACCUCACACAGACACAGAACCUCACACAGACACAGAACCUCACACAGACACAGAACCUCACACACAGACACAGAACCUCACACAGACACAGAACCUCACACAGACACAGAACCUCACACAGACACAGAACCUCACACAGACACAGAACCUCACACAGACACAGAACCUCACACAGACACAGAACCUCACACAGACACAGAACCUCACACAGACACAGAACCUCACACAGACACAGAACCUCACACAGACACAGAACCUCACACAGACACAGAACCUCACACAGACACAGAACCUCACACAGACACAGAACCUCACACAGACACAGAACCUCACACAGACACAGAACCUCACACAGACACAGAACCUCACACAGACACAGAACCUCACACAGACACAGAACCUCACACAGACACAGAACCUCACACAGACACAGAACCUCACACAGACACAGAACCUCAACACACAACACACAGAACCUCAGCACAGACACAGAACCUCACACAGACACAGAACCUCACACAGACACAGAACCUCACACAGACACAGAACCUCACACAGACACAGAACCUCACACAGACACAGAACCUCACACAGACACAGAACCUCACACAGACACAGAACCUCACACAGACACAGAACCUCACACAGACACAGAACCUCACACAGACACAGAACCUCAGCACAGACACAGAACCUCACACAGACACAGAACCUCACACAGACACAGAACCUCACACAGACACAGAACCUCACACAGACACAGAACCUCACACAGACACAGAACCUCACACAGACACAGAACCUCACACAGACACAGAACCUCACACAGACACAGAACCUCACACAGACACAGAACCUCACACAGACACAGAACCUCACACAGACACAGAACCUCACACAGACACAGAACCUCACACAGACACAGAACCUCACACAGACACAGAACCUCACACAGACACAGAACCUCACACAGACACAGAACCUCACACAGACACAGAACCUCACACAGACACAGAACCUCACACAGACACAGAACCUCACACAGACACAGAACCUCACACAGACACAGAACCUCACACAGACACAGAACCUCACACAGACACAGAACCUCACACAGACACAGAACCUCACACAGACACAGAACCUCACACAGACACAGAACCUCACACAGACACAGAACCUCACACAGACACAGAACCUCACACAGACACACAGAACCUCACACAGACACAGAACCUCACACAGACACAGAACCUCACACAGACACAGAACCUCACACAGACACAGAACCUCACACAGACACAGAACCUCACACAGACACAGAACCUCACACAGACACAGAACCUCACACAGACACAGAACCUCACACAGACACAGAACCUCACACAGACACAGAACCUCACACAGACACAGAACCUCACACAGACACAGAACCUCACACAGACACAGAACCUCACACAGACACAGAACCUCACACAGACACAGAACCUCACACAGACACAGAACCUCACACAGACACAGAACCUCACACAGACACAGAACCUCACACAGACACAGAACCUCACACAGACACAGAACCUCACACAGACACAGAACCUCACACAGACACAGAACCUCACACAGACACAGAACCUCACACAGACACAGAACCUCACACAGACACAGAACCUCACACAGACACAGAACCUCACACAGACACAGAACCUCACACAGACACAGAACCUCACACAGACACAGAACCUCACACAGACACAGAACCUCACACAGACACAGAACCUCACACAGACACAGAACCUCACACAGACACAGAACCUCACACAGACACAGAACCUCACACAGACACAGAACCUCACACAGACACAGAACCUCACACAGACACAGAACCUCACACAGACACAGAACCUCACACAGACACAGAACCUCACACAGACACAGAACCUCACACAGACACAGAACCUCACACAGACACAGAACCUCACACAGACACAGAACCUCACACAGACACAGAACCUCACACAGACACAGAACCUCACACAGACACAGAACCUCACACAGACACAGAACCUCACACAGACACAGAACCUCACACAGACACAGAACCUCACACAGACACAGAACCUCACACAGACACAGAACCUCACACAGACACAGAACCUCACACAGACACAGAACCUCACACAGACACAGAACCUCACACAGACACAGAACCUCACACAGACACAGAACCUCACACAGACACAGAACCUCACACAGACACAGAACCUCACACAGACACAGAACCUCACACAGACACAGAACCUCACACAGACACAGAACCUCACACAGACACAGAACCUCACACAGACACAGAACCUCACACAGACACAGAACCUCACACAGACACAGAACCUCACACAGACACAGAACCUCACACAGACACAGAACCUCACACAGACACAGAACCUCACACAGACACAGAACCUCACACAGACACAGAACCUCACACAGACACAGAACCUCACACAGACACAGAACCUCACACAGACACAGAACCUCACACAGACACAGAACCUCACACAGACACAGAACCUCACACAGACACAGAACCUCACACAGACACAGAACCUCACACAGACACAGAACCUCACACAGACACAGAACCUCACACAGACACAGAACCUCACACAGACACAGAACCUCACACAGACACAGAACCUCACACAGACACAGAACCUCACACAGACACAGAACCUCACACAGACACAGAACCUCACACAGACACAGAACCUCACACAGACACAGAACCUCACACAGACACAGAACCUCACACAGACACAGAACCUCACACAGACACAGAACCUCACACAGACACAGAACCUCACACAGACACAGAACCUCACACAGACACAGAACCUCACACAGACACAGAACCUCACACAGACACAGAACCUCACACAGACACAGAACCUCACACAGACACAGAACCUCACACAGACACAGAACCUCACACAGACACAGAACCUCACACAGACACAGAACCUCACACAGACACAGAACCUCACACAGACAGACACAGAACCUCACACAGACACAGAACCUCAGCACAGACACAGAACCUCACACAGACACAGAACCUCACACAGACACAGAACCUCACACAGACACAGAACCUCACACAGACACACAGAACCUCACACAGACACAGAACCUCACACAGACACAGAACCUCACACAGACACAGAACCUCACACAGACACAGAACCUCACACAGACACAGAACCUCACACAGACACAGAACCUCACACAGACACAGAACCUCACACAGACACAGAACCUCACACAGACACAGAACCUCACACAGACACAGAACCUCACACAGACACAGAACCUCACACAGACACAGAACCUCACACAGACACAGAACCUCACACAGACACAGAACCUCACACAGACACAGAACCUCACACAGACACAGAACCUCACACAGACACAGAACCUCACACAGACACAGAACCUCACACAGACACAGAACCUCACACAGACACAGAACCUCACACAGACACAGAACCUCACACAGACACAGAACCUCACACAGACACAGAACCUCAGCACAGACACAGAACCUCACACAGACACAGAACCUCACACAGACACAGAACCUCACACAGACACAGAACCUCACACAGACACAGAACCUCACACAGACACAGAACACACAGAACAGAACCUCACACAGACACAGAACCUCACACAGACACAGAACCUCACAACACAGACCAGAACACUCACACAGACACAGAACCUCACACAGACACAGAACCUCACACAGACACAGAACCUCACACAGACACAGAACCUCACACAGACACAGAACCUCACACAGACACAGAACCUCACACAGACACAGAACCUCACACAGACACACAGAACCUCACACAGACACAGAACCUCACACAGACACAGACACACAGAACAAACCUCACACAGACACAGAACCUCACACAGACACAGAACCUCACACAGACACAGAACCUCAGCACAGACACAGAACCUCACACAGACACAGAACCUCACACAGACACAGAACCUCACACAGACACAGAACCUCACACAGACACAGAACCUCACACAGACACAGAACCUCACACAGACACAGAACCUCACACAGACACAGAACCUCACACAGACACAGAACCUCACACAGACACAGAACUCAGCACAGACACAGAACCUCACACAGACACAGAACCUCACACAGACACAACCUCACACAGACACAGAACCUCACACAGACACAGAACCUCACACAGACACAGAACCUCACACAGACACAGAACCUCACACAGACACAGAACCUCACACAGACACAGAACCUCACACAGACACAGAACCUCACACAGACACAGAACCUCACACAGACACAGAACCUCAGCACAGACACAGAACCUCACACAGACACAGAACCUCACACAGACACAGAACCUCACACAGACACAGAACCUCACACAGACACAGAACCUCACACAGACACAGAACCUCACACAGACACAGAACCUCACACAGACACAGAACCUCACACAGACACAGAACCUCACACAGACACAGAACCUCACACAGACACAGAACCUCACACAGACACAGAACCUCACACAGACACAGAACCUCACACAGACACAGAACUCACACAGACACAGAACCUCACACAGACACAGAACCUCACACAGACACAGAACCUCACACAGACACAGAACCUCACAGACAGACACAGAACAGACCUCACACAGACACAGAACCUCACACAGACACAGAACCUCACACAGACACAGAACCUCACACAGACACAGAACCUCACACAGACACAGAACCUCACACAGACACAGAACCUCACACAGACACAGAACCUCACACAGACACAGAACCUCACACAGACACAGAACCUCACACAGACACAGAACCUCACACAGACACAGAACCUCACACAGACACAGAACCUCACACAGACACAGAACCUCACACAGACACAGAACCUCACACAGACACAGAACCUCACACAGACACAGAACCUCACACAGACACAGAACCUCACACAGACACAGAACCUCACACAGACACAGAACCUCACACAGACACAGAACCUCACACAGACACAGAACCUCACACAGACACAGAACCUCAGCACAGACACAGAACCUCACACAGACACAGAACCUCACACAGACACAGAACCUCACACAGACACAGAACCUCACACAGACACAGAACCUCACACAGACACAGAACCUCACACAGACACAGAACCUCACACAGACACAGAACCUCACACAGACACAGAACCUCACACAGACACAGAACCCUAGCCCAUAG